CACUCCCACUCUCACUCACUCUGUUCAUCUCUGCUCCAAAAUCCCUCAAAAAUGUUGACCGCCACUCAAGCUCGUAAUAUCGUCGGAAUCGUCGGAAAUGUCAUCUCCUUCGGCUUGUUCCUCUCGCCACUACCCACGUUUCUCAAAAUCUUUAAGAGCAAGUCCGUGGAGGAGUUCAAGCCAGAUCCGUACAUCGCAACAGUGCUGAAUUGUAUGUGUUGGAUAUUCUAUGGAAUGCCUUUUGUUCAUCCCGAUAGCACUUUGAUUGUCACCAUUAAUGGCGUCGGCCUCGUUCUCGAGCUCAUUUAUUUGGCCGUAUUUUGCUUUUACGCCAGUCCCAAAGGACGGAAAAAAGUGGGUAUUUUUCUGGUGUGUGAAGUUAUAUUUGUGGCUAUCCUUGCUCUGGCAACGCUGUUUCUUUUCCAUGGAACGAAGGAUAGAUCAAUGGUGGUUGGAAUAGUUUGUGAUGUAUUCAACAUUAUAAUGUAUGCUUCCCCUCUGACCAUCAUGACAAAAGUGAUAAAGACGAAAAGUGUUAAGUAUAUGCCAUUUACUCUUUCAUUGGCGAACUUCCUCAAUGGUUGCGUUUGGACGGCUUAUGCUCUCAUCAAGUUUGAUAUCUAUGUCUUGGUUAGCAAUGGGCUGGGAGCAAUUUCAGGUUCCCUUCAACUUCUUCUAUACGCAUAUUACUCAAUGUGCGGACCAAAAGAAGAAGAUGUUGAAUCAAAAGCUAGUGAAGUUCAGCUCUCCACUGCACAAACAGCAAGUCGAGGCUAAAUUGAUUUAUGACAGGUUUUGGAAGGUUAGGGCGGCUAGAGUAGUGCAGCUGCAGCAGAAUUUUGAUAAUUUUGGUCGUAGUUUUGAACAUGUUCUUUUUCAUAAUUCUUCGUAGUCUCUUGAGAUAGAAGAUCUAGAGAUUUUUUUGUUCAUUUUUUUUUAAUUUUUGAGGAAUAGUUUGAUUU